UGCCGACUGUCCUCGCUACUCCCUACAUGCUACUACAUGCUACAUGCCCCCACUAUGCACCCCGUACCCAUCCGCAUCCGCUUCGACAAUGGCAGAGACACGGAGGCCGAGACCCCUUACGAGGAUAUGCAAGUGCUCCCACGCUCGACACAUACAGCACCCUAUGAUCCGGUCCUCGAGCGCACUGUCCUGCCACCUCUCCAGCUCACCCCGACAACACCAACGGCGACAACCCACAUAUCUGUCCCACCGGUUACCUACACCGACAGCACCCUGCGCUUCCACCUGCACUUCACCGCCACUAUCGAGAUCACGCACCCCACCUCCCAGCAUGUCGGGCUACAAGACCUCCUCCUCCUCCGCGGCAACGGCUUCCACAUAUCGGCCACGCUGCGCCAGCCCACCCUCACCGCGGCCGUCUCACUCGAAAGUCUCGGCCGAAUCCUCGCCUCCGCUCCCAUGUGGCCCCAACUCGGCCUGCUCCCCACGCUUUCGAUCCACCCCUCCUCCCCCACCACUAUCUCACCACCAACAAUCCACGUCUCCCUCUCACGCGCAAUCCCCAGCUCGAUCGAGACGCUCCUGCCCACACUUCUACCACACGCGUUCAUCCCGCGGGUGUGCAUGGAGUUCGUCUUCUCCGGCUCGGCACCGGCAGCGGGAGUGGCGGGAGCGGCGGGAGCGGCGGGAGUGCUGGUGGUAAGAAGUCUGGUGGACCAGGCGCUGCGCGGCGUGUGGGCGCGCGAGCUGGCGGGAAUAGCGCCCCUGUUGGCGAGGCCAGGGUUGUUGGCAAGGUGCGAGGGUAGGAGGAACCAGGUGGAGGUGCUGGUGGGCGUUUUGGCUGGUUUCGGGGAUAUUGGGAAUGGUGGGAAGGGGGAUGGGGGGAAAAGGGGGGAUGGGGCGAAGGGGGAGGAGGAGGUGAGAGCAAGGCUGUGGAGGUGUGUGCUAAGGCAUGUUAAGACCAGGGAGACGUUGAAGAGGAUGUUCGCGGAUGGUGCGGAUGAUCGGGAGGGGGAGAGGGGAGAGGAUGAGUUGGAGCUUGGUGACGAGGAGGAUAUAUUGGAGCUUGGGGAUGACGAGGAGGAUAUAUUGGAGCUUGGAGACGACGAAGAGGAUUUAUUGGAGC